CUCUCUCGCAUUCCACCCUUGAACCUUCAGACACGUCUCCUACUUCACCUCCAUUUCGGCCACAUUUCACGGCAUUGCACGUGCCAGCCCACACCUCUCCUUAUAUAUACACAUUACACAUCUCCUUGCUCACAUAUCCCUCCACACUCGUCUCCUUCUCUGCACUAGAACUCCCUCCCUCCCUCCCUUCCUCUUUGUCUCUCUUACUCUCCUUAACAAUGGUUGAGCCUGCAACUGACACAAAAUCAGCAGCAAAGGUUGUGCCUUUAUUGAAAGAUGAGCUUGACAUUGUUAUACCAACCAUAAGGAACUUGGAUUUCUUGGAGAUGUGGAGGCCAUUCUUUGAGCCAUACCAUCUUAUCAUCGUUCAAGACGGUGAUCCUUCUAAGAUUAUUAAGGUCCCUGAGGGUUUUGAUUAUGAGCUUUAUAAUAGGAAUGAUAUUAACAAGAUUCUUGGUCCCAAGGCCUCUUGUAUCUCUUUCAAGGACUCUGCUUGUCGUUGCUUUGGUUACAUGGUUUCUAAGAAGAAGUAUAUUUUCACUAUUGAUGAUGAUUGCUUUGUUGCUAAGGAUCCAUCUGGUAAAGCUAUCAAUGCACUUGAGCAGCACAUCAAGAACAUUCUCUCGCCAUCAACUCCAUUUUUCUUCAACACCCUCUAUGAUCCUUACAGAGAUGGUGCAGAUUUUGUUCGUGGAUACCCCUUCAGUCUUCGUGAGGGUGUCCCCACUGCUGUUUCUCAUGGCCUGUGGCUCAACAUCCCUGAUUAUGAUGCACCUACUCAGCUUGUCAAGCCUCUUGAGAGGAACACAAGGUACGUGGAUGCUGUUUUGACCAUUCCUAAGGGCACCUUGUUCCCUAUGUGUGGUAUGAAUUUAUGUUUUGACCGCGAUUUGAUUGGCCCUGCCAUGUACUUUGGUCUCAUGGGUGACGGUCAACCAAUUGGUCGCUACGAUGAUAUGUGGGCUGGCUGGUGCACCAAGGUUAUCUGUGAUCAUUUGGGACUAGGAGUGAAGACUGGUUUGCCAUAUAUCUAUCACAGCAAGGCUAGCAACCCAUUUGUGAACCUAAAGAAGGAGUACAAAGGCAUCUUCUGGCAGGAAGAGAUCAUUCCCUUCUUCCAAGCUGCCACUCUUUCAAAAGACUGCACCACUGUUCAGAAGUGCUACAUUGAGCUGUCCAAGCAGGUUAAAGAGAAGCUUGGAAAGGUUGAUCCUUACUUUGAUAAGCUUGCUGAUGCCAUGGUUACUUGGAUCGAGGCCUGGGACGAGCUUAACCCCUCAGGAGCUUCUGCUAAAGCUACCAAUGGCAAAGCUUAAGUGAGAUUUUGAUUAGGUUCAUAAACCAGAAUGAGAAAAGAGUUUAAUUAUUUAAGUCAUUGUAUCCUUAAUUCUUGCCAGUGUGGCCGAUGCUUGGAUUUUCCUAUUGAUGGACGUAUUUUAUUUUAUUUUUAAUUUAUUAACUUCUUGUUCACAUGAAUAAAAUGCAGAUAGUUUAGUAAUAAAAUAUGCUUCUUGGAUUUGGCAAA